AUUUGGGAGCAUUGGUGCGAGUGCAUGUAAUUGUUGUCGUGCUACCUGUUUUAAUUUCUCUAAAAAAUGUUAACAGUACAUGUGUGUUCUGUGUGCUGAAUGCUGAUACGGUGAUCGUUCUGCCGUUGAGAUUUUAGAUUGGUUAAUAAUAGCUGUCAAUCACUCAGUCAGGUGACGGCGCGAACUACAGCGGGGAAAUAUAAAUAUAAAGAGGUGAAGAAGCGGGAAAAUGAAAAGAACACUGACAGAUUUCUUUUGCAAACCACCUAAAGUUACAAAUAAUGGCGCUGGUGAUAGUGAUCAUGUGGUGAAUGUUGAUUCACCAGCCGAAAAGAAGGCGUACAGUUUUCGGAGAGAAUGGUUGAAAGACUUCGAGUGGCUCCGCUAUGAAAAUGGCUCUAUGCACUGCAUUCACUGUAAAACCUGUGGGACGGAGUUUGCAGGUAACACAGCGUUCGCCACUGAAUCUACGCACUUUAAGCGCGAGAGCUUGGUCAAACACGGUGAGAGUGCCAAACACAAGAAAUGCAGGGACAAAUGUGUGGCAAAAACUUCAGUAUCAUCAGGUUCGAUCGUUAAGGCUUUUAAUCGUCAGGAUACUGCCAGCCGUUCCGCGCAGUUGGCAGAACUGAACGUAAAAUUUAACACCGCAUACACUAUCGCCAAAGAAGAGCUCGCCUUCACUAAAUUUAAACCCAUGUUGCAGCUAAUGAAAAAGAACGGUAUUGCAAUUAACAUGACAUAUGCAAAUGACAAGUCAUGCGCCAAUAUCAUCGGCGUAAUAGCAGAUACCAUCCGUGAGAACACUGCCGUUAAAGUAUCAUCAGCCCAGUACAUCUCAUUCAUGAUCGAUGGAGACACCGACCUGUCUGUCAAGGAGUGCGUGAUUGUGUAUGUCCGCAUCCUGCUUGACGGACAACCCACGACCAUCCUCAUCGGGCAUGUUGAGGUGGAACAUGCUAAUGCUGAUGGAAUCUAUGCAGCCUCUAAGUCAGCAUUUGCUGGUCUUGGGGACUCGUGCCACAACUGGAUGCAGAAGACAGUGGCUAUGGGAGCUAAUGGAGCAGCUGUGAAUCUUGGGAAGAAGGGAGGUGUAUCAGUGAAACUCCAAGAGGAGGCAGGAAAGCAUAUCAUCCCAUUUCACUGCAUGCCUCAUAGAUUGGAGCUUGCCCUACUCUCUGCUCAGAAGGAUUCACCUUGGGUAGGCAAUGUGUACAACCUGCUCCACUUAAUUUGGAAGACCUAUCACUUCAGCUCUAAAUCCAGAAGGGAAUUAAAACGCCUUGGAGUCGAACUGGGUGUAUCGGUGAACAAUCCAGGUGGUGUCAAGGGCACAAGAUGGUUGCCACAUGUGUCCAGGGCAUUGGAUGUGCUCCUGAAGCAAGAGAAGAAGGAGGGGACCCUGGAAGAUUCUGGGCAGUACACAGCAGUAUAUGCUCAUAUGGACCACCUGGCUGCUUCAUCAACAAAUGCUGAUAUAGCUGGCAGAGCAAAGCAUAUCAAGGAGACAAUGGAGGAUGGCUCAUUUCUGGCUUUCUGCCAUUUCUUGGCAGAUUUAUUUUCUGCCAUCAGUAAAUACAGCUUGUUACUUCAAAGAAAUGAUGUGAUCCUCCCCCAGGCAGUCAGCAGCUUGAGGAACCUGAUCCUCAACGUUGAAGCAAUGGCUGUGAGGCCAUGUCCAGGUGGAAAGCUGGCUUCCUUUCAUGCAGCCAUGAAAACGCAGAGAGAUGCUAGGGAGCAGGAGCAGGAAAUGCAGCCUCAGUUUAUGUUUCGGGGAGUUCCUUUGAGGAAAGGAGAGGCAGAGAAUAUGGCUAAGGAUGGACCAAUCAGUCAGACUGCUCCCAGACUUCAGAAGCAGAUAGAGACCACCGUUGCUGCAAUAGUUAAACAGCUUCAUCUUCGAUUUAGCAGCCUGCUUUGUCAGGAGGAACAUGGAAUGGACACUUCAGUAACCAAAGCAGUCAAAUGUUUUCACGUGUUCAACCAUGAUGUUUGGCCAGAGACAGCAGAGGAGUUGGUUGAUUAUGGAAUAGAGGAGGUGACUUUCCUGUUGGACCAUUUUCAAUAUGUACUGGAAAGGAACGGCUGUGACUGUGCCCUUGCCAUGGAGGAGUUCCAGACCUUGAAAACCCUAGUGUUCAUGUCUUUUAAAGACAAGAGCUACCACAGGUUAUGGGAAGUCCUUCUAACCAAGGAACCCUAUUCCUCAGAUUUACAGAACAUCCUUCAUCUAGUAAAGAUCAUGUUAGUCCUUCCUGUAUCCUCAGCGCAGUGUGAGAGGGGGUUCUCUAUCCAAAAGCGCAUAAAGUCAGACAUUAGAUCUUCAUUACACCCCAACUCGGUAGAAGAUCUAAUUCGAAUCAGCGUUGAGGGACCUCCUUUGGAAGCCUUUGAUGCUUCAGCCUCAGUCAAAAGAUGGAUGUCAGAGGGACAGCGAGCCAAAAGACCGAAUUUCAAAUCCUGGCCACAGGAUAUGUAAAGCUUCAGUGAUUUGUUGUAGCUGUUUGUUGUUAGUAUUGAUUGGUGUAGUUUUCAAAUUAAAGAAAUCUGUUAAUAUACAAUUUGUAGUUGUGCUGCUCAUUAAUUUUUGGUGGGUGCUCCUAAAUUUUUGCUGGUGCUCCUAACUUUUUGAAGUUGGGAGCACCAGUGCUACCAAGUAAAAAAGUGAAUUUCGAG